GGUCUAUGUGAACAUACAUUUCUUGGACAUACCCAUUCAAUCAAUCAUGCUAUAUUCAAUCAACAAGGUACUUAUGUUAUAUCAUGUGAUACUGGUGGCUUUAUACGACUUUGGGAUUUAAGAAAGUUGAAUAAUUUCACCUUCGGUAUAAAUUUACCUUCAGUAACAAAAGGCACACAACUAUCUACCACCGCUAAUACUACUACUAAUAAUAAUACCCAUAAUAGUAAUAGUAGUAUCAAUGAGGACGAGACGAAAACAUUGCCAACUUUAUUCGAUUUGAAUAAAUGCAGUAGAAAGCCAGAUCAAUCACGUCGUCAUCGUCAUAACCGUACACAAAUUCCAGGGAAACAACAACAUUCUGAACAUCAACCGCAUAGUGAUCAACAAUAUCAGCACCGGCAACAGUCGAAUAAAGUUGGAGUGAAUCAGUUGGUUGUUGACUUGAGUGGUGAAUAUAUUUUGGCAGCCUGCGAUGAUUCAAAGAUUUAUUGUAUAGAAAUAUCGACUAGUCAG